UAUAUAUAUUAUUUUCAAUCUCGGGUAAUGUGAACCAAUCCUGCUUCAGUUUUGAUAGGAAAUAUAAAAAUCAGGCGGGUAUAUACACCCCGAUGACGGUUGAGCUGACGAGUGCAGCCUUGCUAUUAUUAUAAAUAUUUAUUCUUUAUCUACCGGCCACUCAAAAUGUAAUGAGGUGUGGGUGGAAACGCAGAGGUGGAUCUAUGUGCUUUCAUUGACGGGUUUGUUUGUAUGUGCGAGAGCCCGAAUGUUCUCCACUGUUGACACAAGCAUCACACACUGACAUCCAGUGAGGAAUGUUCAAUUUGAUGACCAGUCAUAACAGCCACGAGUAUAAUUGUGUGUGUGUGUGUGCGGCGGGUCGGAAGGAUUUUCGAGACGGACAUCAAUCCACUAUAUAGCUUACAGGUUAAGAUAACAGGUGUAUUCGUGAACGUCUGGUGCAAGCUGUAAUGCUGAUCCAAACACCUUGAUGCAUGGUCGCCUCUGUGUUUCCACAGCCUCAAGGGAUUCCACUGUACCCACUCAUUCACACUUGGCUAAACCUGGCUGCUGUCAUUGUUUUCGGUAGCUACAACUUUUAUUUGUCUCAAAGCUGCAGUAGAGCGCUGAUGACUUGGGAGCAAGUGUAUUUGGAUGUAUUUCUUAUGUGGAUUAAGUUGAGGAAGAGAAUGGGAUAAUGUCUUCAGGUCCUUGGUGUGGAAUUAUACCUACAGGUGAAAUAAAGUUCUUUAGAUUAAGCAUUGCUUCUGCAGUAUGAAAUCAGUGUGGGUAAUUAAAUGAAAAAUAUCACUGAUAUUCCGUUUUGUGUCAGCCUACUGUACAUGUGUCUCGUAUAUGAAAACACUGCUUUUUAAACUGGGCCUGCCCGCACAAGGAACCUUUGUACUGACUUAUGGAUUAAUUCCAUGUGAAUGGGUAAGAGAGAAAACACUUUUGUCGUGUCUUUUCAAGUGCCUGCUUGUGGUCUUCUUAUUAUCGGAGAUAUAUAGGUAAAAGCAUUCAAGUUGUGUGAAAAGUUUCACACCGAAAAGGACUUAUUGGAUACAUUCUGUGUGCUUUACUUACAGUGGCGUUACUGCUGUGCAAAAUUAGUUUGAAUGAAAAAGUUAGUGAAAUACUUGUGUCAUGUGUCUGGGAUGAUCUAACAACUGCUUCAGGUUGGUGUUUUUAGAAGUACUUUGUUGGUGAGGUUAGUUGCAACCAGAUGGUUUGAGACAUUUUGUGUGUAUUCUACUAAAUACUAAAUACACACUAAAAAAAAAAAAAAUUGAUUUUUUUUUUGUGUGUAUUCUAUAAGAAACUGUAAAUUUUCACAUUUCGGCAAAGAAUAUACAAAAUGACUGCGAUCAUAUUUAAAUCAUGUACAUGUAUAAGACGAAAACAUAUUUUGUCAAGUUGAUUUAUCUAAGAAUGGUUGGCAGUGUUAUUACGGUUGCUAUGUUGGAUAUGCAAAAUGGAUAUGAAUCUGUUUGGAAAUCUCUAAAAGACUGAUGUCUUUGACAAUGAUUAAGAAACACGUAUCUACGCCUUCCCUCCACUACGGCCAGCCAAACCUGACGGUCAAACAGCUGAAUGUUGACCAGAGCUAUGAGGAUGAGUAUACCAGCGAUCCUGAAUGUCAGAUGUUCCGUAACGAUCGCGUUGCCAACUGCUGCCACAGUGCGUCGGAGGCAUCCCCCAAACCUCUGCGCAAAACGGUGGAACGGAAGAAGAAACGACGGGCACCCCAACCUCCUGGGAGAUCGGUGUCCAUGCGGGAUCCUAAUAACAGAGCAUUCAUAAUGGUCAAGCAGCCAUCAACCGACACAGAAUCAUUGAGUGACGUUGUUUCUCAGAUGUCAAAAUCUCCUGCCGACGCUAAUUUGAUUCCUUCUAAUUCUGGCGCAAGUUUUUCCGUUUCUCUGCAGGAUUUCAGUAGCAACACCGCUGUUGUAGUCACGCAGAUCUCUACAGAUUCAGAAUCACUGUGUGAUGUGAGCUCUCAGAGUCCAAAGUCUCCAUCAGUUCUUGAGACAGCAGGCACUUCUCCAGGCCAGUCGCCAAGAGACAAGUCGAGACUGAAAGCUUUGCAGAGAGCUCUGGCUUCUCCAAGGAAUGUACGCAAGAAUUCAAAGAAAUAUAUCAAUCAGGAAAAUGAUGGUGCUACCAAUUUUCGGGUGAGGAAAAAUGCUACUGUGGAACCACCUGAUUUUUCUGUAUGGACAUUUGUCUACUUACCAGAACAUUUUGAAAUUGGAUGCGAAUUUGAGAUUGACCGGAUUGCGAAAUACGAUGAAUACCUCAAUGAGCUGUUAACUAAAACACAUGCCUCUCAACCAGACUUCGAGGACCUCUGUAAGGCAUCCAAGAGAGUGAAUGCGAUGGUGAGAGAGAGAGAGGAUGAACUCCGAGAUGAAUUGAAUGGACAAAGUGUUGAGUCUGUCCAGGACCGCUUCCCCAAUGACGACCUUCACCUUUGUGAACCAGACAAGGUUCAGAAAACGCGGGGGAUUUCAACAAGAAGGAAGUCGGCUCCAAGCGCUGUUUUGUUCAAAACCCUCGGAGGAAACAGGAAUCCGAGCACAAUGGGGAAGAAAGACUUUGAAGUGUGCAACUCUUUUCGUCACAGCACCGAUGCAAAUCGGAUGUACAUCAUGGAGGGCCCAGUACAGUUUGCCAAUGAUACUCAGACUCAACACUACCUGUUUCUCUUCAGUGAUCUCCUCCUGAUUGCAAAGCAGAAAUCUAAUACAACCUUCAAGUUGAAAAAUCGAAUUCGGGUUUGUGAUUUAUGGAUUGCAAAUUGUAUUGAAGAGGUCACGGAAACUACUAAACUACAUGACAGGUCAUUUGUGAUUGGGUGGCCAACCAAAAAUAUUGUUGCUAUUUUCAAGGAGCCUGAAACUAAAGACUUGUGGCUGUCAAAGCUAACAGAACAAAUACAGGAAGAAAAACUAAAAGAAGAGGGCAAGACACUACAACUGAAAAUUGUCCACCGCAAAAAUGAUACGGUUAAAACCUGCUUCAUCCCCGUCACCAACACGAAUGAUGUCAAAGAUGUCCUCAAGCUGUGUAUGGAACAGUUCCAGAUUCCAGAAACCGAACAGAAGGACUAUCAGCUAUGGGUGCUGACAGGGACAAAAGAGGGGACAUUUUAUCCUCUCAUUGGUCACGAGAUCCCGUACACCAUAAAGCAGAACCAUGUUGGGUCUGGGGGCGAUGGUGAGGGACAGAUGGGCUCUGAGAUGGAGGCCAAUAACAACACCAAUUCAAAGUGCGACUUCUUCCUCAAGCACAAGAAGUCCACCAACAAGCGUGGCCAAGAUUAUUCCAGUCAAGGCAACAACAAAAGGCACAGAAGGCCAGCCAUUUUGCAGAUCUUCCACAGACGGGGUCGAGAAGAGAAGUCUUCUGCGGCAAUACAGACUGAUUCAAACCAGAUUCCAACUGGAAAGCUGUUUGGGCGGUCUCUAGAAACUGUAUGCACUGAAGGAGACAACCCUGCAAAACCAAUUUUAGACCUGCUGAGGAUUGCAUUUCAUAAAGGUGCAUGCACCCAAGGCUUUCUCAGAAAAAGUGCCAAUGUCCGACAAGUGAAAAAUCUAAGGGAGAAGUUGGACAGUGGUGAAGCUGUGAAUUUGGAUGGAUGCUCCCCAUUAACAAUCGGAUCAACCUUUAAGGAAUAUCUACGUUCUCUACCAAAGAGCUUGCUACUUGAUGAUUUGAUGUCAGAAUGGACCAAGAUUGGAGGCAUGGAGGAAUCUGAGGAAAAGCUUGAAAAGACAAAACAACUUCUUCAGCAGCUUCCGAGAGCGAACCUGAUGCUACUGAAGUACGUGAUGUGCAUGCUGUACCAGGUUCUGCAGCACAGCAAUGAGAACGACAUGGACGGCUACAACCUGUCGGUGUGCAUCGCGCCCAGCAUGCUCUUCGACAUCAACGACCCCGUGCAGCCCAUCACUGACCCCAAGUCUGUGUUCACGCCCCGGGCGCUCAUAGAGUACCUCAUCGAGAACACCGUUGAGGUGUUUGGGGAUGAUGUCAUCUACCUGCUGGGAGACCCGCUCGACGCCACCAAGUAUCGGACAGACUCGGGCACAGACACAGACAGCAUGACCAGCGUGUCCAAUGAACUGAGACGUGAUGACUCUUCAAUAGACAGCCUGGUGGAUCGAGAUCUGUUCACGGGUGAGGUAGACAGCAGUCCAAAGCUUGCCAACAGUCAUCUGUCUAACCUGAGCCACGACUCGGGACUGAUGCUGAGCGAUGGGCAGCUCAAUGAUGACGACUGUGACAUGGACAGUGGAGACAAGAAGUUAAUAAGGAGUGCCUCUGAUUAUGAUGAUUACGGUCACCAUUUCGAAUCUUCCCUCAAUCCUGUUCCUCCACCUCGGAGUCGGCGCAAAAAAGGAUUUGACUCAUUGCUGCCAAACAGCUUUGACAGCUACCACCAGCCAAUGUUUACAGGGUCGAGGUUUGACAAACAGCACAAGUUCAGCCUCUCUCUGCAGCCUGAUAUGGUAAAGUCUGUACCUUUUGGUAAGCGCAUGUCUUCAGAUUCACUGCAGAGUGUUGAGGAGAAUGAGGAGAAUGAAAACAAAACUGGUCCUUUCCUUCACCAUAGACCAUUAGAUAUGGGCUUAUUGGUGAAGUCGGCCAGUGGCUCACAUCUGUACCUGAAUGAUGAAGAAAUCUUCAGCAGAAAGUCGCUCUCUGUGGAGGGACAACAUAACCGCCCCCUCCGUGACCGACUGGUGAGACAGUCGUCAGUGACAGACAGUACUCCUCCUUUAUCACCAGAAUCCAAAUACUCGUACAGCAGUUCACGGGACAGCGUCAUUUCAGAUUCUUCAGCUUUUUCAAGGGACUAUUCAGUUCACAGUUUGCCAGAUACACCAGAAGAAUUUCCAAAUGAUAAAUAUUUAGGAACUUGGGACCUGAAGAACCGGGAACGUUCAAAUUCCAAUCCAGUUGACAUACGAACAAGUGCUUCUUACUCAACAGGACAGACGUCUUCUUCCCAGUUAAGUGUUAGCUAUAGUGGCUAUAAUCUAAAGUCCAUGGAGAACAUGAGGUACUUGGUGUCUCCUCCUCACUCACCAGGCUUCGAGAGGCAGAGUAAAAGUACGACAAACCUGCAGGAUCUUUCCACGAGAAACUCUUUUCCACAGACACAGGUUGAAGAUAGUGUCAAGCAACACGAAAUUGCUUCCCCACAGAUUUCUAUCACCUACUGUUCCAGUGGGUCUGAUGAACGACUGGAGGACGAUGUGGAUUCAAGUAAUCAGAACAGCAGAAGUAUUCCUCUUGAAAUUUCAGGAUCAACCUCUCCAAAAGAGAUUUCAAUGUACAAUUUUGGAUUGGGAUCACCUCCACCCCACAUUGUCUUGAGAUCUCUGAGUCACCACAAAGUGAACAGGAAAACUUCAGCCCCUACUCAAGGUAGUCACGCUCCUUCUCUUCUUAAAGUGCAGCGCAGCAGUUUAGACUCUAGCCAGAAUAUUGUUCAGAACACUGAAGAUCUGGAUGUAAGUGGAUCACCAAAGUCACGGUCUAUAUCACUGCAGAGAUCUGAUGCUCACAACUAUGAUAGAGAAUCCAAAGUCAAUGUUGUGUUGACAACUGAUACAUCUCCAUCUAAACAUUGGGACAGUGUAUCAAGUUCAACAGAUCUGAGGCCUGCAAAGCCACCAUCUUAUAAACAGGCCUUGCAGAGGAAGUUUAUGAUUGAAAAUGGAAUAAACUUUGACAUUCCUGAUCAAGUUAGUCAACGGCAAAAGGAAGCCAGUUCUCGUGCCAGACAGCUUUACGAGUCAUCACUACAGAAGUAUAUGUCGGGUGAAGGUUCAAAAUGUUUGUCUGUAGAAAAAACUAAGACUGUUGUGGUGGAGCAGCACGUGUUAGAACCGUGCCCGGAGACACCAGAUGAGGCUGUGGAACAAAGAGCUGGUGAAAGAUUAAACAGUAGCAGACAAAAUGUGCCAACAAAACAGUAUAUUAGAUCUAAUGUAGAUAAUGAUGAUGAGUAUGUUGUUCUUGCUAAAGAUCCAAAGAAACUCUAUGCUGAUUCUAUAAGACUGUUUGAACAACAAAAUGAACAGCCAAGAAGUGUUUCUCAGUCCAGAGUUAGUCAAACAAAAACAUUUUUACAACAAGACCUGGACAAAUCUGGGGCAAGCCAUCCGACAUCUGGACAACUACACCAAAAACAAAAAACUUUGUUUCCAGUAGAUACACCAGGCCGCAUUCGCACAACUUUGUCUGUGCCAAAUGUUAACUUACACCGUAGCAAGUCUGAUUCAGCAGGCCAUUUGAAUAAACUGAGUCAGUUCCGUGGUCAGUUAUCUCAAAAGAGCUGUGAAGAACAAAAAGAAAAUGUACAAACUACCAGGAUGACAAAUGAGAUGACUCAACAACUUUCUCCAAAGAAAGGUUAUUUCUACCAUCCAGAGGAAGACAGUGAGGUAGUGGGUAGGUCUGUGACUAGUGUGCACUCUACAUCUCGCGUCUCUAACAUUUCUGUGAGUAAUGGGAGAGCAUCGUCGCUACAGGCAUCAUCAUGUACAGCCUCAUCCCAAAAGACUUCUGUUACAGUGUCCAACACUUCACAAAAAAGAAACAAGCCUGAAAGGAGAGGUUCCGAGUUGCCUUGGAGUGUUUCCAGACUAAAGAAUAUGUUUGAUCCAGAGAACCAAGGUGACAACAAGACUUCUACCCGUUUCUAUUCUCCAGAUGAGAGUUCCACAAACAAUGUAACAUCUGUUAAGAUAAUGUCUACCUCUCGACCUGCACCACCACCCUAUGUAUCUCCUCCCCCAUUUCGUCGCCUUCAUGACAACAGUCGAAUGAGCACCUCCAGUAACAGCAGUUCAGAAAGUACAGGUGUGGGAUGCAGUUCUUCAACAAAGUCAAAAUCAUCCAGACAUUUUGGUCCACAAUCUUUAGAGUAUGGCUCAUUUUCCUCCUCCUCUGAAGAUCUAGAUACAGUCUGUUAUCAUCUGACAAAGCGGGAGAGUAUGGACUAUUCGGAUCAGGAUACAAUAUCAUAUACAGAUGUUUCUUACGUUUGACAGGGAACAGUGGUGUAACAAACAAUGGCCAGUACUGUGAAUGCAAGAACAGAAAUCUGUUGCAGUAGUGGUGCUAACACUGCCAUUUAUUAUAUAGUCUUAGCCAUGUGUGUGAUAUGUUUUAAGUAGUGUUAGCAACCCAUGCAACGUGACUUGUAGAUUUCAAUAGUCCUAGCCAGCUGUGUGCCAUAUGACUAUGUGUUAAUGUCUUAGCUAAGGGUGUCAUGUAUGCCAUGUAUAUUUUAAUUAGUACCCUUAUAACCAGCUGUGUUGUCUAUGACAUGCUUCAACACUGCAAAAUGAGAUUUUCAUAAUUGAAUCUGUAUAUAAAGACAUGGUAUCUGAAACUAGAAGAAAACCAUUUUGCUUGCUGUAACUCUAAGAAAUAGACCUAUCAGUAUUUUAAAUUGUGCUGCAUUGCACAUCAGGUAAUAGUGGUGCCAGAGAAAGCUUCGUAACAUACUCAUACAGCUUAGUUUGUGAUAUUGACUUAUGCAAAGAGCUCAUGAGGGUGCUCUUUUCCAAGCUUGUUUAUUGCACAAUGACCUGUUUUGGAUCAUAUAUCUGAAUAUUUACAUUAGAUUUGAUCACCUGAACAUUUCAUUAACACACUAACUUCAAACACUGCGGAGAACCUUUUGUUAGUUAGCAGCAUCGAGUUGUGUUCUUUCUUAAAGAAAAUGUAAUUAUAGCACCAAUGGACAUUCUCUUCGAGAACACAUCAAAGUGUUGUGCUGGGGGCAGGAUGUGGACAAUGUCAGGUGUCACUGGUAUGGGGCUUGGUGAAGAUAUUCACUGCUACGUCAGACUUCUUUUGAGUAUCGUUGGGUACUUUCAUAUUACUAUUCACUCACAGCGAACAGGACACAGGACAUAUGGCAAGCCUUCACAACCUGUUAUGGAACACCGAUAUUAAUGGGUUAGUGUAAAACGAAAUGUGCUCUUUCCACUAGGUUAUACUCAUACCGUCCACCACAUCUAGCAAUUUGUCAUAUUCACUUUCUUACAGACAAAACAAAAUGUUUAUAAUAGCAGUCAUGGAGCUGUGAUUCCAUCUUCCCAUCUGCGGGUGUGUUGUUACUAAGUGGGAGCCAGUGACAUCUACCAGUUUGAUGACCCAACCACUGCACUUGAAUACUAAUCCAAUAUAAAUUUAAGCAAAACACUAUUUCUUUCUAUAUAUUUGUUUAAAUGUAAAUGAAUAAUUAGUUCUGCAAAUAUUAAUAUAUAUAUCAUUUAUUAAAACAAUGUGUGAUCCUUUAUUUGCAAAUAUAACAUAUCCCAAAUUCCA